AAACUAUUUUUCAUCCGGAAAAAGACUUUAACCGAUAAUCAAACCUGCGAAAAAAGGCAAAAUGGCUAACACAUUCGUUACCCUCUCCUCGUGGAAUAAAAGAAUGAUGGUAGGAGAGGAAUUUGCCUUAGAGGUUAAGUGUAAUAAACCUAAUGAAAAAACUGGGUACUCAAUAAAUUUUCAACAAAGCAAAGACCAAAAGGACGGCAUCAUUUUCCAUUUCAACCCAAGGGCUGAAUCAUCGCAAGUUGUCUUGAAUACGUUGGCAAACAACAAAGCAUGGGGUAUCGAGACUAAUAUUCUGGAUGACAACGUUGGAGAGAUUCAUUACGCGAGCUCAUUCAAGUUGAAACUUAAACCGAUCACGGAGACAACAGUUCAUGUGUAUGUCAAUGAUAAGUUCAAAACCGAAUACGAAUGCCAAGGAAAGAAAAUUACCGACGCCAACUACUUAAUUUUUUCGCCUUUUGUUUCAAUUCAUCCAAUAUAAAAAUAAAAAGGACAACCUCUGAACAUUUUGAUAAAAUUGUAAAAUAAAUUUGCUUUUGA